UUUUAACAUCUCUCUACUUUAAUAAUUUUGCCCAUACGGUGGCUGAUUGAAUCGUGAAGCGAAGCCGGAAUGAUGGACUCCCAACCAUCAUUGCCUUCAUCGUCAUCGUCGCCGCCGUCUCCGCCGCCUUCUUCUCCUCCUAGAGGACGGGGAGGGGGAGAAGGAGGAGGAGGAAAAAGAAGAGCGGCAGCAUCUUCUCCGCCAAUUAAUUUCCUCGGGAGGCAUCGAAUGGCAGCAGCAAUAUCCCAACUCCAUCACCAGAUCGACGUCAUCAAGGAAGAGCUGGAACAGCUUGAUACGCUUGGUGAAUCCUCCAUAGCUUGCAGAGAACUCUUUUCAAGCGUUGAAUCCAUACCCGAUCCUUUGCUCCCCACGACUCAGGGACCGGUGGAUAUGAGUUGGGAGCGGUGGUUCCGAGGAGCCCAUGAGUCCAAAAGUCACAAAAGGUGGAUUUAAAUCAUCAUCCUCACCUGCUAUGUAACUUGUCUGUUUCCACCCGGAAAUCGAUGUUUGAGAACCCAAAUGAAUUUUCCUCUUUCGAAUGAAUCAAGUCUCAUGUCUGACUUAGGCAAUCAUUGAAGAAAACCCUAUUAUUUUCACACCUGUUUGAAUAGUUCAUGGUUUGUAAUGCAGGCAAUAAACCCUUCAUUGAGCAAUAAUAGUGGUUACACUUUAUUCCUUUUUUU